UGUGAUUCUACGUCUGUGAGAAUGGGAGAGGAACCAGACACAGGCGCGUCCUCUCGGGAUGAGAGAAAAGCUAAAGAGAAGGCUGAAAUACUGCAAAGAGAAAUCCAGCGGAAGAGUUUCAAACUGGUAGCUAAGAUCCUGAAGAAGCAGGAGAGUGAGCGGACACAGGAGGAGUCUGCGGAUCUACUUCUGCACCAGGACACGGUACAGGAGCUGUGCUCGCGGCAGGUCCGCAGGAACGUUCUAAAGCGGAAGCAAGAAGAGGUAUUUGAUGAUACAGAGGACCUGAGGUGUAAAGUGGGACAGUUGGCUGAGGCAGUCAGACAGGCUCAACACCUGGUUAUCUACACUGGAGCCGGGAUCAGCACGGCAGCGUCCAUCCCAGACUACAGGGGACCAAAUGGGGUUUGGACACAGCUACAGAAGGGCAGAGCUGUCAGCUCGUCAGACCUGAGUGAAGCAGAACCUACUCUUACACACAUGUGUAUCAGGAUGCUGCAUGAGGAGAACAUGGUGCAGCACGUAGUGUCUCAGAACUGUGAUGGGCUCCACCUGCGUAGCGGUCUUCCCAGACACACCCUCUCUGAGCUGCACGGCAACAUGUUCAUCGAGGUGUGUACUUCCUGUUCCCCGGUGAGGGAGUUUGUGCGACUCUUUGACGUGACGGAGCGCACGGCGAGGCACAGGCACGGGACGGGGCGGCAGUGCGCCCACUGUGGGGGCGAGCUCAGGGACACCAUCGUACAUUUCGGGGAGAGGGGCACCCUGGAGCAGCCUCUCAACUGGAGGGGGGCAUCGAACGCUGCUGAGAGGGCUGACGUUAUCCUCUGCCUGGGCUCCAGUCUGAAGGUGCUGAAGAAGUAUUCCUGUCUAUGGAGCAUGAAUAGACCUGCUAUCAGGAGACCCAAACUCUAUAUCAUCAAUCUACAGUGGACACCUAAAGAUGACCUGGCCACGCUGAAGAUCCAUGGGAAAUGUGACGACGUGAUGCGUCUCCUUAUGGAGGAGCUGAACAUUCAGAUCCCUGCCUACAACCAGACAGAGGACCCUGUACUCAGCUUGGCCACACCGCUGAGACCAGAAGAGGAGGACAGUUAUACUCGUAAACUCAUAGCUCCGCCCGCUGGCGGGAAGGACUGCUCACCAGACUCCCCGGGACAGGGUGGAGGAACAGCAGUACAAGGAGGUUGGUUCGGACGAGGAUACUCCAAAGGGAGGAAGAGGAGGAGGAAGAAGGUGGCGUAGCAGAACGUUAAUCAUAGUAGAAAUUUGCCACACGAUUCUCCAUCUCCUGUUUGUUCUGAUUGGUUGUUUUUGAAAUGGACCUUGAUAGUAAGGAAGACGUACCAGCAAAAAGAAGUGAGGGGGGAAAAGCUCACUAAGACAGAGCUAUUUGUGAUGCAGAGUAUUAUGAUGGUUUCAGAUACUACCUCUUUAAGCCUGAGGGAGCAUCCUAAUAAUCUCUCCUUUCUGGUCGUCACUAGUUACAACAGCCACAAAGUCAUAAACCCUGCCUCUUUCCACAAUUUAAAAUGUGAUUUUUACCCCUAACCACACUGCU